AUGGCGUGGCGCAGUGCGCUCAGCAAGAACUUGCAGGAGUUGAGGAUACACUUAUGCCAGACCUCAAAGGCUAGCGAGGGCGCCAGGGACUUUGUGAUGAGCAGUUAUCAGGAGCUGAAGAAAGCCAACCCAACCUUCCCCAUCCUUGUGCGGGAGUGCAGCGGCGUCGAGGCCAAGCUGGUGGCGCGAUACGACUUUGGGGUGGAGGAGGCUGUGAAGGUCGACGGCUUGGGCAAGGCCGACAUCGCCAAGCAGCUGGAGGCACUGGUGAAGAAGGGGGAGAGCAUGCCGCGGUCAACGGAGAGCCAGGGCGCGCUCUGAGAUUGUUGCGAUGCCCUUGUGCUCUUGAGCAUCGCACGCUUUAGUUUGUGUUUGCUGCUGCCUCCUGUUUCUGUUUCUGUGGCUGCCUUUUGGCCCGCCUUUUUUUGCUCCCUUCAAAUAUGCACUCUUGCAGCUGUUGAGACAGCUGUGGUGCAUGUUGGCUCAUCAACUUCUUGCAACUAC